AUGAACUUGCACAGCAACCACUGCAAAAUUGAUACCGUUGGGGUUCUCGCCUCCAAGGGGCGUACUGCAUUCCACUUGCAACUUGUCUAUGCCAGUGUUAGUCAGUUUAUUGAUGGUGCUAAAGUAGAUAUUCAAGACAUUAACAGGAAUAAUGUGGUUGAUCUCUUGCCUCAAGAGGCGUCGGAUCUCGCUGUGCAUAUGCAAGGCUUUCCUCUGGUUGUCAAGCAAGCGUGUUUGGAGCUCUCACCAGCAAUCCUCUGCGACUUUCUUUUGGAGGUUGCUGUCGAAAAUUUAGCAAUGUGUCACAUGGUAUUGAAAGCAGGCUGAUCUAUAGUGAAGCUACAAGAGUGGUUAUGCGGCAGUGUUUUCAUUU